GCUUGUAAUCUGCCAUAAACCCAAACAAAACAAUCAAGACACAUAUUAACAGGCUCAGCAUGAUAAGGAAACAAUCUUCUCAACUGAGAUAAACUGUCUCCGACAGAAAUCUACAUAUGCAGCCCCCCUCACCUUGUAUUUGCUCUGUGUGAGCUCUCUGAAAUCAUCGGAGGAUGCAAGCUACCUCUAAUGUUUCUCUUCCUCUUGCCCAGAGAAUAACCCCUCGAUCACACUGCCAGCAUUCUUUUUUAAAAGCGCAAAGAAAGAUGAAUUUGGGCCAUAAAGGCACGUACCACAAGGGCUUUUUAUCCUAAAUGGUCCUUAGAAUUGUUAUCUAUAGGGAUGGCGCAUUCCCAGCUCUGUCGUGUUCAAUCAAGUGUCCACUUAGCCGCGGCCAGGAGUAAUUGUCCCCAAGUGGGCCACACACUGACCUGUUAAUGUCUGCUUUGACCCACUAACCUUGUCAGCACGUCUAAGAGAAGAGCUUUAAAUCAUUGCGAUCUCGUCCAGCUCUUUCCGUGCUGCCGGGUCUAAAGGGAGUCCACCGCAGGCAGACCACUCCCUUAAAUUGUCCCGUCUUGGGUAGGUUAUUGGGGUUUAGUGUUGAAGAUGGGGUUUCGAUUGGAGGAAGAUUCAAGACUUACAUUAUUUUAUUGUAUUUACUGUGAGCAUAAUGCUUAAAAGGCUAAAUUGCUUGUUACUUGAUCAUCAACCCAAAAGAGUACGUCCCCAAGACUCUGUGAUAUUCUGGUCCCUAGAUUAGUCUAUGGGAUUUUGUUUUUAUCUGUUUUAUUGUCCACCAGGCAAAAAAAUUUAAGUCAUACUACAUAGAAAAGUAAUAGCUUACCUCUCCUCAACAAGCCGCAUACAUUUAGGUAUUGAACAUGUCUGUAGCACAAACGGUGUGGGGUAGGUUAGGGGUAUGUUUAAAUACCUAACCCUAACUUUGAGCAAUAGUAAUCUUGCCCUAGCACCAAUAAUAAUGGUGCUUAAGUGGUCGAACAAUUUUUCACUAUUUAGGGUUAUUUAGUUGGCUAUAAUAGUAUAAAUAAUAUUGAAAAAAUACUUGACAUAGCUUAGAUUCUUCAGAUAAACAUGUUGGUUUCUCGGUUCUUUAAAGCCCCAAUUCUUUGAAGGUUUUCUAAAGUACUUAAGAAAAAGUUAGUUAUGAAAUAGUGUAAUGUCAAAAAUCAAGUAGCAGCCUGUUCAAAAACCUCAGAUUUUUUUUCUCUCUUUUUUGAUUGCAUGUCUUAUUGUGAUAGAUGGGCAGACCACAUCUUUGAGAUUAUGCAAAAACCAAGAGUUUCUUCAAGUAUGCUUCAUCACACACAUUGUGAUUUUUGUCUGUUUGCAGUUGUGAGAAGCUUGAAUCACAAAUAAGUGGCAAUUAUUAAACUACUCUAAAGUGGCUGGUAACUGGCUUCUCUCAGACUAACAGGGAUUGCAAUUUGUGUGAAAUGCGUGGAUUAAAAACACAUGUUAAAGAUGCUGAGGGGUGUUGUACUGCAACUGGUAUGCAACAAGCCACUAAAAUGAACUAGUUGGGGGAAACGUGUGUGUGUGUGUGUGUGUGUUCAUGUGUGGUCUCUCUUAAUCUCAAGGAACCUUUAGCAUCAAAGAAGAUAUUUUAAAUUGAUGUGUGUGUGUGUGUGUGUGUGACUGCUCUGUGUGUUUUAGGCCCUUCCACCUGUUAUUAGAAGGGAUAGUUCACACAAAAAUAAUGUGUGAAAUAUAAUUCUGUCAUAAUUCUCAUGUUGUUCCAAAACUUCCUUCCUUGGAACACAAAAUUAACACACCACAUUCACUUUUAUUUCUAAAGCCAAAUCCUGGACAUUUAGAGGCAAUUUUAAAAUCCCGGCUAGAUGCUUUUUCAGGUCUGAAAAAUGGGACAUUUCUGUAAAAAAAAAUGAUGUAUGGUCACCGUAAGUUACGUUUUUUGUUUGUUUGUUUUUUCAUUGCAUCAUAAAUGCCAUUGACUUGGCCGGACUUUGAAAAAAAAUCCCAUGUCCGAAAGGCUUGAGUCCGAGUCAAGUCCAAUAAAAUUGGACUCAAGUACCACAACUCUACUGUACCUUUAAAGACAGACCUACCAUUAUUACUACCUAUGAUCCAGAGGGAAAAAUCCACCAAUAAGAGAGACACGGCCAACAAACCAUAUCAAAAGAGCCCGACAGCGACUGCCCACUUCCAACAUGCACCGCAAACGAUGCUACAGAGUUGGUCUCCCUCCACUCUAAACUACUUUAUUUGUAUAUACAGUAUCUAUACUUUGCAAUGUACUUAAUAUAUACUGUAUACAUUUUCUACUUCUUAUUAACAACUUUAAAUCAAUAGUUUACCAUUGCUUCUAAUUAUUUUACAUUAUUCAUAAUGCUUCAAGGGAUUAUAGUUCAUUUGUUUGUUUUUUUUUUUUGCUCAAUUACAAAUACGUUUUGCUUCAAAUCAAAGUUUGUAAUGUUGUGAUUCAUCUCUGAUCUGGUUGGUUUGGUUUGGUUUUAUGGCUCACAACGCUUAUGAAGUUUUUUAUGAAAUUUCUAUGGAAAAACUUGGAACCAAGACGAGCGGGCGAGAACUGUUGCGCUCUAUAAACAGCAAUAUUUACCUACUGGCACGGCCUUUAAGAAACUGAAUGGCCAAAUAAAAAGUAUUAUAAAAUCAUCAUUAUUUUCACCAUGUUGUUUAAUUUUAUGUCACCAAUAAAAUAUUGAUUAUAUCAUAAAUAUUGAAUAUACUGUAUUGCCUAGCUCUAUGUUGAAUGCUAUGGCAAAACCAAUGGCGGAGCAAUUUUCCCACACACCAUUAAAAUGUCUCCACGCUGACCACUUUAACAGACACCCCUUUCUUGUUUCCCAUCCUCUUUUUGCCACUUUCUGUUCUGUCUCAUUUUCUCACCACCUUUUUUUCAUCCCCACAUUCUCUUACCCCUCCUUUUUCUGUCACUCUCUUUCUCUCCCUGUUCCUCUCUGAGUGUCCCUUUUAAUGAGAACACACUUGACUAAAUUCUGACCCCUGUAAUAAGCGUUUUACUACGCAAAUCACCUUAACUGAUGGACUCUGCUGAUUGGUCUAAGCUAUGUGUCACUAACUUACGGGAUCUGACUAAGUGUUCCGAAGAAUUCUGUCAAGUGCCUUGUGGCCACAGCAUUUACUUAGAUGAGUCGUCUCGAGUCACUACCAUUCAUCAGAACAGCGCUGCAGAUUCGGGCCAUUAUCAGAUACUGUGCUUAAAUAUCACAAGUGUCAGAAAAGCUUACUGUUAAAAAUCUGAAAAUGUGUUAAGAUGCAUUUAGGUCAGUCCUGGAAUUAUUUUGUCACCAAAUUAAGUAUUUGUGGUCUGAUUUCAUCACGUUUUGCCUUUUUCCUUUCUCUUUUGAGUCAUCAUCCAGGUUUAUGUGGGUUGAGUGAAUCUGAGGGACUUCCCCCACCUUUAGAAAAUGGUAUCAAUUCCUGUUUGUAAUUUUGCUGAUGUUAAUAUGCUCUUAUCUCACUCUGUGUCUCUCUUUCUUCCUUUUUAUCGCUCAUUUCGUAUUUCAGAUUGAGCUGGUUGCACCACAUCCAAUGGUUCCGCCCCUUUGUUCCUGUUUCUGAAUUCUGAUUGGAACAAUGGAAUGUCAAUCUCUCACGAAGUGACUGGCAGAAGAUUCCAGUGGUCCAGCCCUUUGGAUGCUGAGAAUUCAGAACGACCACAUACCUCCAGCCCCCGAGGCGAGAGUCCUUGUGUGUGUGAGUGAGUGAGAGAGAGUGAACUGGGCCAGACGGCUGUUCGAAUACUGCUAGCACCUCACUUACAAUUGGAUAAAGAGGCGCUGUGUCAAGAGAGGGCUUGUGUUAUAGUGUGGAAGGCUGGAAUUGUUUGGAUUUGUGUUGUGGAGCACUAUGUUCAUGGGUCAGGGGGGUUAAACUCAGCGCUGGAAUUGAAGACGGCCUCAAAUAAGCAAGUCCUUGGAGAAGGUUUUUAAGUCAUGAUGCAAGAGUCAGGGACAGAGGCGACAAGUAAUGGAGCGGCCAAUCAGAACAGCGUCCCAUCUUGUGUGGAGGGACACCGAGAAGUUCGAUCCAAGAGUGCCAUACCCUCCUCUGAAAUUACAGUGUCUGACCUUGUGACCUUCCAGCAACAGCAGGCCUUACAAGUUGCACGGCACAUUCUUCUCCAACAACAACAACAGCAAAGUAGCACCCACAAGUCCCCCAAAAACAAUGAAAAGCAGUCUGUGUCGCAGGUGCCAGUUUCUGAUGCUAUGAUGACGCCACAGGUCAUAACUCCUCAGCAAAUGCAGCAAAUCCUCCAACACCAAGUUUUGAGCCCCCAGCAGCUCCAACUCUUACUGCAGCAACAACAAGCACUGAUGUUGCAGCAGCAGCAGCUCCAGGAGUUCUAUAAGAAACAGCAAGAACAACUCCACCUUCAGCUCAUCCAACAGCAGCAUGGCACCAAGCAGCAGAGUAAAGAGGUGUCUGUGCAGCAGUUGGCAUUCCAGCAGCAGCUCCUCCAGGUUCAGCAGUUACAGCAACAACAUCUUCUGAGUCUGCAAAGACAAGGGCUGUUGUCCAUCCAGCCCAGCCAGACUCUGCCUCUCCACUCCCUCACUCAGGGCAUGAUUCCAGCCGAACUCCAGCAGCUGUGGAAAGAGGUGACAAACUGCCAUGUGAAGGAGGAGAACAGCGGGUCCAAUAACGGUCACCGAGGUCUGGACCUUUCCUCCCCCUCCCCCGUUCCCCCCAAAAUCCUCAACCAGCAUGGAUCUACCAAUGGCCAGUACGUCAGCCAUUCGCUGAAAAGAGAGAGUUCAACGUUAGAAGAUCAUUCCUCUCACAGUCACCCGCUCUAUGGUCAUGGUGUCUGCAAAUGGCCAGGAUGUGAAGCCGUGUUUGAAGACUUUCAUUCAUUCCUGAAACAUCUGAAUAAUGAACAUGCGUUGGAUGACAGGAGUACGGCGCAGUGUCGGGUACAGAUGCAAGUAGUUCAGCAGCUGGAACUGCAGUUAGCGAAAGACAAAGAGCGUCUCCAAGCCAUGAUGACUCAUCUGCAUGUGAAGUCUACAGAGCCCAAACACACUCCACAGCCACUGAACCUGGUGUCCAACGUUACCUUGUCCAAGACGGCUCCUGAGGCCUCUCCGCCCCUCAGUUUACCCCAGACACCCACCACCCCGACAGCCCCCCUCACACCACUCUCCCAAACCCACUCCGUUAUCACCCCCACCAGCCUGCACAGUGUGGGACCCAUGCGGCGACGCUACUCAGACAAGUACAACAUGCCUAUAUCUCCAGAUAUUGUACAGAACAAAGAGUUCUAUAUGAAUGCAGAAGUACGACCUCCUUUCACGUAUGCUUCAUUAAUACGACAGGCAAUACUAGAGUCGCCAGAAAAGCAGCUAACACUAAACGAGAUCUACAACUGGUUCACGCGAAUGUUUGCUUAUUUCAGACGCAAUGCAGCAACGUGGAAGAAUGCAGUGCGGCAUAACCUUAGUCUUCACAAGUGUUUUGUGCGGGUAGAGAACGUUAAAGGGGCGGUAUGGACUGUCGACGAGCUAGAGUUCCAAAAGAGAAGGCCGCAAAAAAUCAGCGGUAGUCCAGCUCUAGUAAAGAACAUCCAUACCACUUUAGGAUAUGGCCCUGCCCUUUCUGCAGCGUUCCAGGCAUCAAUGGCAGAGAACAACAUACCUCUAUACACUACCGCUUCCAUCGGAAGUCCCACUCUUAACUCGCUUGCCAGUGUUAUCCGAGAGGAAAUGAAUGGAGCCAUGGACCACGGCAACAGCAACGGUAGUGACAGCAGCCCUGGACGCUCGCCCCUGCCAGCUAUGCAUCAUAUCAGCGUAAAAGAGGAGCCACUGGACCCGGAAGAACACGGAGUUCCCCUUUCCCUUGUGAUGACAGUCAAUCACAGUCCAGACUUUGACCACAACAGAGAUUACGAGGACGACCAUGUGAACGAGGACAUGCUGUAAGCCUGGUUUCUCCCAGGUCUGCUGCCUAAAAGGCUAAACUAACUGCGGUCACCUGCGAGACCACUCCAGAUAUAGCAAGCCCAAGACUGGAUUCACAAUCCUCUUGUUGACAGCUAUUAAAAUGUUCCUAAUUAACUCUUUAGUGCCAUUAAAUACAAAACAAAAUUCAAGAUAAGAAAAAUCUAUUCCAUUUGGAAGUAUUUUUGAUUUGUUUCUACUUUUCAGUUAAAAGACAUGCAUACAUUUCUACUCGUCACUCGAUGAAGAGACAUUUGGUACUGGGGGCCUGCUUCUACUUCCUUUUGGCAAAGUGUCACGGAGACCAGAGUGGACAUGAAAACAAAGCUGAGAAAGACUGGCUCUUUGCCCUCUGAGUCGAAUAAACACUGAUCACGGACUGCAGAGCACACACACACACACACACGCACACACAAAUCAUUGACGCUUUAAUGAGCGUGCCAUUCGCACGUGUGGUGUGUACGUAUGUGACUUAAUUCAUUGUCUCGGCCUUCAGAUCUUCAAGUUCACUUCCAUCGCAGCUGGGCGAUAUCUGGUGUUUUUGAGGGUUCCUGGGCACAUAAUUUAAACGUUCUGUCCACUCAUUACUUUGUGCUGUUAGCUAUAUAUCCUUUUUGUUGGGUUUGUUUGUUUUGGUAACUGAUCAGACCUCAUGAUUAAUGACGUGGAGUGUGCUUAGCACUGGAUGAAUGUGUAACGGUUCUUUCCAUGCUGUUUUUUCUUCUAGAAUUCUUUUCCUUUCAAAAUUCAAACAAAAUGUUGCAUUACCGUGCAGUAUUUUUCUGUCAUUUGUUCCUUCGCAAUUUCUGCUGUGGCAUUUCCCUUGCAUGCAAACUCACACACACUUAAACUCAUGCUCUUUCCCGUUCAUGAAGUCCAUCUGCAAAUGCACUACUCGUAAUGAAGGCUCCCUCUCCACGCACCAAUGAAGUUUAAUUUACACUGGGAAUAAAUGACAGAGAAAUCAGCGCAGGUUAAUGUUUAUCGCUAUGAAAUUAUACUUUCAAAAAUCCCCUUUCGUAAUGAUGCAUGUUAGCGUCAACCAAAUCGCUGAUCGAAACCAUCAUCUGUAUUAAAUUUACAAAAAUGGAAUGUCAUAAUGGAAAUAAGCACCAGAGAGAUAAUUGUUCGACAAAAGCUAAUUGUGAUCCCUUAACGUUAUUGGCGGCAACUUUGUUUUUGUUUCUUUUUCAUUCUAUAGUUUCAAAGACUAACUGGAUGACUUAACUGCAUUCCUGUCAUUUCAGUAUCUGUUUCACCACAUCAAUGAGCAGCUCACCCUCUCUGUUAUUAGACAUUAUUAAUAAUUACACAUGGGAUAAAAAAGUUAAAGGGAUUAUAAACCAAGGCUGACAUCACAGCCAUGACCACUGAGCAUUACAGCACUGGGGCAGCCCACUAUGACCAUCCACUUCUUGCCAAAUCAACGGUUGUUUUCAGGUGAGUUGAACCCAUAACGCAACUCAGAAUUGGAAACUGCUGCCUGCUAGUUUAGAAGACUGGCUCAAUGUUGGGACUGCACAAUGAUGAGAGAAGACUUCAGAUUAGAGUUCUACAAAUCUGACAGAUUGUUUUUUUUUUUUGUUGUUUUUUUUGGUGAAGUCUGCAACCAACCACAUUCUUUGUUAUUUAUUACUUCCAUUUUUUAUGUCAUUUAAAGUUGAUGAUAUGUCUCUUAUCUGUGACUACCAAAGAUACAAGAUACAAUGAGUUGAUAUAUUCUAUGUUCCAUGCAAUAGCUAAACAAAAAGGCCAAAUAUGCUCAGUGUUCCCCACCAUGGCUGGCUAGACGUGAAAAUUAUGAAAUGUUUCGGGCUUUUAGUGAAGAAAUAAAGCCAAAGGGUUUGUUCGAUGGGCAGCUGUAUGUCUUUGCCUAUGACCAAAAUAGGAGAGGAGAGACCAACACAUGACCAAAUCAAAGCAAUGUUGUUUUUGGGCAAAUGAAAAAAGGGAGUGUUCUAUCAGGAAAUGAUGGCUAUAAAGGAGAAGGAUAUGGAUGAAAGAGUUUAAAACUGUGUUCACUGUCUUCACAGGAAAUUUAAAUCUAGGAGGGGGAAACAUUUGCAUAACACAAUAUGAACUGAACAUCAAACUAGACCACACAAUGAUGAGUUUUAUUUGUUCUCAUACUUUAGGAAUUUUUUUUUUGGCCAUUUUAUUCUUUGAAAAGAUUGUAUGCCACUUAUCUUGUAAAAUCCUAAACAAGAUUCCUGAUGUCCUUUGUUAACCUUGGCAAUGCUCUAUGAUUGUGUUUUAGUGUCUGUCAACUUAUUACUUUUUAUAUUAAAAAACACUCCUGUCAAACAAUAAGCUGGGUACAAGGUACUUUAAUGGCAGUUACUAUAUGUGUACAUUUAUCCAAGCAUUUCGUAUUGAUGAAAUGGGCAAUCUGUGGUUCCCAAAAAUGAAUAAAUAUCUAGGCAGCUGAACGAGGGACAGAUUCAAGCUGAUUGGUUUGUUUGCUUUCUUGAGCAGGUAGACAAGACCAUUCACAGCAUGUGUAGCUCAGCAUUACUGAAGAAAUACAGCAUGAGAAACUGUUAGUACGCAUACCUCAGUUCAAACCAUAUAGGGAAUGAGUAAAUAAGAAAAAGAUUUAACAUUUCACUCAGAUGCACUUAGUUGUAUGUCUUGCAUGUUUAGUCUAAAACUGUAGCAAACUAUUUUAAGAAAAAGAUUUCUAAAAAUUAUAAAAAAUAAAAAAAAAUCAGAGCUUGUUUAUCAUGAGGGUCUCUUUGUUUUCUUUUAAACCAAUCCAAACCUCAGGCUUUUUUUAUCGUUAAGGAACUCGGCUUGCUUCAUUAUUAUACUUUUUCUUUCUUUCUCUCAGAUACAGUAAACUGUUUCCAGGACUGUCUCUGCUGUUUUUAGCUUUUGUUGGAGUAGGUUGUACAUACACCACAAUAUAGCUUUCUGUGUCCACUCAUUUUCUCCUUUCCUGAUUCUUUUGAUAGAACAAAAAGUGCUGUUUGUAUCACCAUGUUUGCUUUAUCACAUCUGCUUUGUAUUUACUAUUAAAAAAGACAGAAAAACA